AUGCCACACAAACUACUUCCACGCCUCCUGUAUCCACAGGUAAAGUCUCUACCGACGCUACUUGCGGUAGUGUACGAGGAUUCACAUGUCGAGGCAGCGGAUUUGGCUCUUGCUGCAGCGCUGCAGGUUGGUGCGGAACCACUGAAAGCCACUGCGGCAUCGGCUGUCAGGCUGGCUUUGGAACAUGUGGUUCUAACAACGGCGGCGGCAAUAAUCCCCCUAACACCAUUACCACUACCACUUCUACCGCUACUACCACCUCUGCCGCACCACCCGUAA